AUGCAGAUGAGUCACCUAACUACCUCAUUUCACUUGACAAAUUCAAGAAUGCCCCAUAUUUCGAGAAAUGCCAAUUUUAAACCUUCGACCUCAGAUAUGGAAGUAAUCGAAAGCCCCGAUGAUGGACAGCUGAGACAAGAGUCCCGCUUUGUGAAAAAGGCCAAGAGGUCUCCUGAUGGGGUAUUUCAAACAAAACGCAAAAGCAGUAGUAUGCCAUAUGAAAGCCCCUCCGUUAUUCAAGAGUUCAUAGAAUCUAAAGCGUCAUCUUCUAGCACAGUGCAUAAGUUAGGAAGUAUGCAAGAAUCUGGAGACCAAUUCAGAUAUGAUCAUUUAAAUGACAUGAAGGAAAAGAAAAUUGAAAGUUUCCCCGUCCACUCCACAAUAUCUAGAGAAGCUACUUCUUCGAUGUCAUUUUCAUUAAGUAAUGACACCAAAAAACCCUCUACAAUUUUAUCUCCCAAGAGUAAGAUUGACCCGGUGAGAGAAGGGGUCAUUGCUAACAGUGGCCUACAUUCCACAGGUGUUACUGCAAAUUCAACUACAUUUGAUGAAUACUCUCAUAAUCUUGAGUUAAACUUUUCAAAGCCCUCAGCAUCACCAAAGCUACUUGAGACUCCCAUGGGAGGUUUUGCGCUCAGAGAAGCUCGUGGUACAUUAUCACAGAAAACGAGAGCACAUCCAAACAAUAAACACCGAAGCUCUCUUGGUAAAAGAAAUAUUUCUUCACCCAAGACUAAAAACUUUCUCCCUGCUUUAGUCACAAGAAAUCGACGGAUCAGAUCCAGCAGUCAAAGUUACAGGAAGCCAGGUGUCAGAAAGCGAGAGAGCAAAUGGGUAUUGAAGAGGCCAAGAGGCAAAGGCUGGCUCUCGAGAGGGGCCAGAGAUACCAUAGUGGAAUCUCCUUUCGAUAUGUUUGACUUAGAUGAGGAAGAAUGCUACGAGGCGCCCCAGGUCAGUGGCUCGGUGACCGAUGAGACAGGGAAUCGCAAGGACAACCCGGUCCAUGAGGUGGAGAUCCUUGUGACAGUCAUUGUCAAGGAUAUUAAUGACAACGCGCCUAUCUUCCCCAACGUGACGAUGUUUGGAGAAGUGCAGGAAAAUGGACCAGUAGACCUGUCGGUGGCCGAAGUAUCUGCCUGGGACGCUGACGACGCCACCGAAGGCACCAACGCUCGCAUCACCUACGCCAUCGAGAAGAACGUCAUCCACGACAAGUCCGGAGAGGCCAUCUUCAGCGUGCAUCCUCACUCCGGGCUGGUGACGACCGCCCUCUGCUGCCUGGACAGGGAAACCACGCCCGAGUACCAUAUUCAAGUGGUGGCUGCCGAUGGGGGAGGACUCAAAGGUACGGGUACAGUGGUUGUUCGCCUGACGGACGAAAACGACAACUCUCCGCGACUUGCUAGGCAGUACUGGGAGCUGGAAGUGGACGAGACGUGGGGCGAUGGUCCCCCGAAUAACUUGACCCUCUUGGAGAUGACGGCAGCAGAUCCUGACACGAAGAACCAGUUCUCAUACAAGAUCGUUGAGGAAAGCGGCUGGGGCUGGGACCACUUUGGCAUCCGGUCGACUGGAGCAUCCGGGCAGCUGUAUGCCCUGAGGACACUGGAUUAUGAGGACGAUACCCAUCGCCAGGGAUUCAAGUUCAUGGUUCAAGUCACUGAUCGGGGGGAUGGCGGAUGGGUCGACCCCAGGCAUCAAGACACGGCCUGGGUGGGCGUUAAACUCCGGGACCUCAACGACAACGCCCCUCAGUUCGUUCGUCCCCACGUCCACGUCACCAUUAGCGAGGAUGCCCCUCCGGGCACUUUGCUGGCUACCAUGCCCGCCCGCGAUCCUGAUGUUGGAGGAGCGGGCCAAGUGGACUACUCUGUAGUGGGUGGCUGGAACUCGCUGCAGGUGGACAAGAAGGGAGACGUGACGCUGUACCGCCGUUUGGACCGCGAGGCUGAAGAGGGCGCCUUGGGCAUCGCCCAAAUCCUGGGCACAGACAGGGGAGAGCCGCCCCUGACUGCCACCGCAACCUUGACGAUCACAGUCACAGACGUCAACGACUGUCCCCCUCGCCUUCUUCCUCCGGAAGUCCUUCACGUGACGGAGGGCGACCCUCCCGCCCUUCUCGGUGUCCUGACGGCUACUGACGAUGACAUUUGGGCCCUCGGCCAUGGCCCUCCCUUCAGCAUGUCGCUCUCGCCGUCGAAUCCACCUUACGUCACGGAUCUCGUCAGGCUGAAGUUUGAUCAGCAUGUCGACAGCGGUCGAGGAGGAGCCGAGUUAUGGACCCGAGGCUCUCUGGAUCGUGAGACGCAUCGAACGCUUCCCGUAGAAGUCGUGAUUGGCGACGCCGGAGGACUUAACAGGACUCAGACCAUAACGAUCGUUGUCAAUGACUUGAACGAUAAUCCCAUGAAACCUGCCGCCAAGACGGUCUACCUGUGGCAGACUCAGGGGAGCGGAUCAGACGCGCCCUUAGGUCGCGUGUAUGUAGACGACCCAGACGACUGGGACAUAGCCGACAAGACCUUCCGAUGGGCUGGGAAGGCCCAUCCCCUGUUUAAACUGAACGCUGACGACGGCACCAUUUUUGCUUCCAGCCUGGUGCGAGAAGGAAGGUACCUGCUUCACUUUGCGGUGAGUGACCGAGUGUGGAGUCAAGUGGGAGUUGCUGCCAACGUUACGGUGGUGGUCAGAACCUUGACCCACGAUGCCCUGACCCACGCAGCACCAGUCAUUCUGACUCCUAUUACUCCAGCCGACUUGACCAGGGGUUGGACGCCCACGACUGGAGGAGGUGGUCUGGGGAAGCUCCUGGAGGCGGUUCACGACAUCAUUUCCGAAGGUCGCCCCUACAAAGUAGAAGUCGUCAGCGUCUACGAGAAUGAUACUCCUCCAGGAAUCGCGUCAACAGUCCCCUUCACUCCUUCAAGAAAUAAAUCCUCAGCCACUCAUCCACAAGAAAGGGAACAACCAGUUGGUACUAAUUCAUCCAGUGACCAUCCAGCGCCAACCGCUUGCGUCUGGGUGAGCGUGAAGGAUGAUAAGGAUGCUUUUGUAGAUCCAGUCAAACUACAGGGUUUGUUGUCUCUCCACAAGGAUAAGUUGGAGAAAGCCACUGGCCUCUCAGUGUCCCUGAAGGAUCCACCACCUCUCUUCGAAAAGAAAGGGCCCUCGGUUCAGCAGGUCCCUAAGAAGGACACGGUCAGUGGAGGACAUCCCCCGCACCUCGAAGGACCAGAGGACUCGGCUCUCUCCACUCUCAAGUUGUCUUACGAAGACGGGGCUUCUGUGACCUCUCUCGCUUCGACAGCACUUCCUCUUCAGGUUGUUGACACGAACAUGACCUCGUUAGUGACUCCUCUCCUCGUCCGAACCCACGAGUGUCUCCCCGAGGGAAGCCCCAGGGGCCACGGCUUCGCCUCUUACGACCCUGCCACCUGCGCUCCUUCCAAUUGCCUCAACGGAGGAAGGUGCGUCAGAUUCCCUUCGGGAAGCAGAUGCGUGUGUCCUGGAGGUUCCUGGGGUCCCCAGUGCAAGAUCCUCUCAAGGACCUUCCGUGGAUCUAGUUGGGUGUGGUUGAAACCUCUUCCUCCGUGUCUUCCAACAACGCUGUCCCUUCGUGUCCUGACGCGCAGGUCACACGGACUGCUCCUUUAUUCCGGCCCCCUCGUCCCACAGUCGCAGCUCUUUGGGUCGACUUAUUGGAGUCUUCCCUCGCCCAUGUUUGCUCUGCAAGUGGUCGAGAAUAAACCUCAGUUCAUCGUCGAAGGGAUUGGCAAUUCAUUCGUUCUCAGAGUGAAUGCGUCGGUGACCGACGGCGAGUGGCACACCAUACACCUCCACUUGCAUUCACAGGGGGCGGUCAUGAUGGUGGAUUUCUGCGGCCUCGGGUGGGGGGACAAGACGCCAGACGACUCCCAUUGCGUCGCUAGGGAGUCCUGGGGCCUUCCACAAGGUCUGAGAGCGUGGGAAGUCCUGGGUCCUCUGCAGAUUGGGGGUCUAGCUCAAGGGCCGCAGCGACCGAAGGAUUAUGGAUGGAAUCGAGCUCCUACACCUCAUUAUCUUGACGGAUGUCUUUCAGAUUUGAAUAUAAAUGGUCAGUUAAUGGACUUGGGAGAGCCAGCAUACAGCAAAGACAGCACAGCAGGCUGUCAACCGCAGGAAACAGCAUGCCCAGGUGGCCCAGGAACUUGUGGCAUCAGAGGUGCCUGUUCGGGUGGACUGAAUCGCCCUGAAUGCCACUGUGACCCCGGGUGGACAGGGGUCAGUUGCGACACCCCAACAGUCCCAGCCACUUUGGGUUCGAAGUCGUACAUGAAACUGGCACUGUCUUUCACCCCUCCGUCAAGAGUCGUGAGCGUCCAGUUGAAGGUCAGGACACUUGGCAACCCCACCGGGAUGCUCGUUCGUCUUGCCGCCCAGCACACGCAGCAUUCAUUUAUUCUUCAUCUCAGAGCCGGGGUGGCCUGCGCGUCAGUGUCCGGGGCUGGGUGGGCCGCCAGGGUUGCUUGCGUCGAGGGCAGACCCGUAGGAGAUGGCCACUGGCACACCAUCAGAGCAGAAAGACACGGCCACAAUCUCCUCAUCAGCGUCGACGGAGGAGACGAAUGGCGGGUCAACAGAUCGAUCCCCUCCUUAAUGCCCGGGAGGCCCAGUCUCCAAGAGGAAAUGGCAGGCCCGCCGAUGCCUUUGGAGAUUGACAAGCAUGAUGGAGUGACGGUCGGCGGGCUGCCCGAGUUUCUGGGCGUCAAACUCGUGACCGUUGGAGAUGACUUACAAGACACUUGUAUAGAUGACUUGAGAGUGUCAGAUCGUCAGCUGCCGCUUCCUCCCGCGGUCAACGGCAGCACCUGGGGCCAAGUGACCACUUUAGAUGGGUUCAUGAAAGGUUGCAACCCUCCCACCUCUUGUCUGAACACGACCUGUGAUCCCCCACUCUCCUGUCACGCCUCCUGGACGCAGCCUUCUUGCAGCUGCGGUUCAGGACGUCAUUUGGUGGGGUCAGCGUGUGAAGACAUCAACGAGUGUCUGUUAGAGCCCUGCCUUCACGGAGGAACCUGCUACGACCUAAGACCGGACUACUUGUGCCUCUGUGGACCGAACCACAUCGGCGACAACUGUGAGUGGGCCAAAGUCUCGAGCACGGGCCACCAACUCACCGCGCCGGCUGCCAUAGCGGCCGUUACGCUGUCACUCCUCUUCUUAGUUCUCAUGGGAGUGUGUAUCUCCUUGCGGCAACACCGACUACGAACAGCCAGGGCGUUGGGUCGCCAGGAGACGGAGGAGACCAGGGACAAGGACUCCGUCAUAGCCGUUAAAAUAGGAUGCAAGGGAUCGGUGAUGACUCUCGACCCAGAGAAGAAAGAAGCUUUCCUGGGACUGGAAAGUAAAUGGAAGGAAACUGGCGAACCCAAAGGGACGACCCCCAAGAGAAAAGGACCCGGGGACGAGUCGCACACCACCUUCCUCGAGUUGCUCCAACUCUCUCGGGCCAAACCUGCAAAGGAGACUAAAGAAGGAGGUAGUGCGAUCAGCAGUGGAGUUAGUGCUGCUGUCAUCACCUCUGCUGGAGUCAAUGGUAGUCAAGAGAUUGCAUUGGUGGCACCCACUGACCGUCAGCAUCACCACUUAGCUGGGGAAGACCUAAGAAAUUACGCAUAUGAGGGCGAUGGAUCAUCGUCAGGAUCUCUGGCUUCUACCAUAUCUGGUUUAAGAGCCGAAUUGGAACGCGAGGAACCUGGCAGAGUAAUAACUGCUGAAUUUGUUGAAGUUAUGGACCUCUUGAAGAACCUUCCGGAGGCUCCUAAAUCCUCCAUCCUUCUCGCCAGACUCAAAGAAAAACGAACUUCCGCGAAUGAGGUUAGAAACCCCGAAGUCAUAUCCACGGUGUCACUGGGGUCAUUAAGAAGGAGAGAAGGCAAGAGUAUAGAGCAUUGUAGACAUUCUCCGCCGUCUCCUCCAACUGCGUCUUCGGGGUCUUCACCUCGGCCUCCGAACGAGAUGAGGAACGCCAAGAUGCCUUCGUCCUCCAAUGGUGCCCAGGUAGUUUGUAGUAACAAAGAUGAACUCACGACUGCCUGCUGACGAUAACAUUCAUGUAUUUUCGUUCAAGUGUCCGAUGUUGAAGUUACAAGUAACUAUACUGAGAGGUAACUGGAACGUGCUAAAAUUUCACACGGCUGUUUUUGUUGAGAAAGUAAGUAAACCUUGUACAAAUUACCAGUUGUGUACCAAAAUAUGUACAAUUCUGAUUAUAGGCAGUAAUUAUCAUCUGUGUACUACUAGAAUUUUCUCAAAAAUUAAUAGCAUGUAGAUGUUUUAUACAUUUAUAUAACAAAUGUAUAUUAUAAAUGAAUGUUUCAAUAAAAAAAGCAA